CCUGGAACAUAAUACAGAUGGCAACCUCAAGAAGAAAUAUUCCAGGUUCUGGGUACAACCAGUAUCUGGUUGCACGUUCUAUAUACUCUGAACCAACCUUCCAAGAAGAAAAUGAGAAGAAAGAAAUUAUUCGGAAACCUCUUAAAGAUAAGCUGAGGAAUAACUUAAGUUGUACAUCUAGAAAGGCGUACCGGGUAGUCAAAUCAAUAUUACCAGUCUUGGAUUGGCUCCCACAAUACAGGUGGAAAGAAUGGUUUGUAAAUGACUUAAUCUCUGGAGUCAGCACAGGGCUAGUAGGCACUUUACAAGGAUUGGCUUUUGCACUACUUGCCGCCGUCCCUGUUGGAUAUGGUCUAUAUUCUUCCUUCUUUCCUAUUUUAACAUAUUUUGUACUGGGUACAUCCAAGCACAUCUCAGUUGGACCAUUUCCAGUGGUUGCAUUGAUGGUGGGAUCAGUUGUUCUCUCUAUGGCUCCAGAUGAAAAGUUCCCAUUACUGAGCAACAGCACAGGCCUCAACAAAACCUUGGUAGAUACAGUUGCCAGAGACGCAGCUAGGGUUAUGAUUGCAGGAACACUCUCAUUCCUAAUUGGUAUUAUACAGCUUCUGCUAGGAGUAUUUCAGAUUGGAUUCAUUGUUAGGUACUUAGCAGAUCCAUUGGUUGGUGGCUUUACAACAGCUGCUGCUUUCCAAGUGUUCGUUUCCCAAGUAAAAUUGGUGCUUAAUGUCCCUACCAAAAACUACAAUGGUGUGCUCUCUAUAAUUUAUACAAUUAUAGACAUUUUUAAAAACAUUGCUAAAACCAAUAUUGCUGAUCUCAUUGCUGGGCUGUUGACCUUCAUUGUUUGUGUGGUUGUGAAAGAAAUUAACGAUCGAUACAAACAUAUUCUUCGAGUACCUAUUCCUAUAGAAGUGAUUGUGACAAUUGUAGCUACGGGGAUUUCGUAUGGAGCAAAUCUGGAAUUAAAAUACAACGCAGGGAUUGUAAAAUCUAUUCCCAGUGGGUUUAUACCACCCAUGACACCAGAUGUGAGCAUGUUUUCUGACAUGAUUGGAUCGGCAUUUUCCAUUGGAAUAGUAGCCUAUGCUGUUGCUGUAUCUGUGGGGAAAGUUUAUGCCACCAAGCAUAACUAUGCAAUUAAUGGCAAUCAGGAAUUUAUUGCUUUCGGUAUCAGCAAUUUAUUUGCUGGAGCUUUCUCUUGCUUUUGUGCAACAACUGCUUUGUCACGUACAGCUGUCCAGGAAAGUACCGGUGGCAGAACCCAGAUCGCUGGUCUUAUUUCAGCUCUGAUUGUAUUGAUCGCUAUUGUUGCACUUGGCAGACUCUUAGAGCCACUGCAAAAGUCAGUGUUGGCAGCUAUUGUCAUUGCCAACUUGAAAGGGAUGUUCUGGCAGUUGGGUGAUAUACCUCGUUUAUGGCGACAGAACAAGUGGGAUUCCGUUAUUUGGGUUUUUACAUGUAUUGCAGCCAUCAUCCUGGGUCUUGAUUUAGGACUGUUGGCCGGGUUAAUUUUUGGAUUAUUGACAGUUGUUCUCCGUGUACAAUUCCCCUCAUGUGGUUCUCUCGGAAAUGUCCCUGGCACGGAUCUCUACAAGGAUGUCAAGAAAUACAAAAGUGUUGUUGAGCCAGAAGGAGUUAAAAUUGUUAGGUUUACUAGUGGAAUUUUCUAUGGGAAUAUUGAAGGUCUGAGAAAUGGCAUACAAUCAAUUGUUGGAUUUGAUGCUGUCAAAGUUUUCAACAAGAGGACUAAAGCCCUGAGGAAGAUUCAUAAACUUAUCAAGAAAGGACAAUUAAAGGCAACAAAGAACGGUAUCAUCAGUGACCCAGGUACUGAUAAUGAGGCUUUUGAGCCAGAUGAUGAUCCUGAAGAUCAAGAAGAAGAAGAUAAUCAAGUAGUGCAAACAAAAGAAGUUGAGAUACAAGUAGACUGGAACUCAGAGCUUCCUGUCAAAGUGUCUGUCCCUAAAGUCUCCAUUCACAGCAUUGUUUUUGACUUUGCACAGAUAACUUUCCUUGAUGUUGUUGCCGUAAGGACACUUAAAGUGAUAUUUAAAGAAUUUAAGAGAAUUGAUGUAGAUGUAUACAUUGCUGCAUAUGAUGAUCAAGUCUUAGCAAAAAUGGAGACGUGUUUAUUCUUUGAUGAUGUCAUCAAGCCGGACAUCUUUUUCUUGACGGUGCAUGAUGCUGUACUGUACAUAGAAGACAAGAUAAAGUACAGUGAUGGGCAUGAUCCUCUUCUGGAAAAGAUUUCCCUUAUGCAAGAAUCAAAAGAACCUCUGGAAUUCACUGAUAUCGAUCCAAAUGACCCUGAGUUUGAUGACCCAGAACAGUCUCUGAGAACUCUUGCUUCAUGAAGACUGAAUACUGGCUAUACUACACAGGGAUGGGGAGUAUUUAUUCUCAAAUAUUUAAUCCCUGGAUUCAACAACUAGACAUUAACUUUUAUCUACUCAUGUUUAUGUUUGCCAGUAUAUGCCCAUAUCCUGUUCACCAUCAUUUCACAGUAUAAUGGCUGACACCUUUUGGAUCACACAAUGUUUCAUACAGAUACUGGACUGUCAGUGCUGCAUCCUUUCUUCCAUAAAUGACUGAGAAGUUUAUUCAUAUGUCUAGAAAACUGCAAAAUAAACCCAUUCUGAAGAAGUAAACAGACCAAUAAUAUUCUGGGGACAUCAAACAUGUAAUACAGGGUUAUAAAAUAUACACAAUAA